UUUCUAUCAAUUGUGUUUUUUUAGCCUAUGGUGUUACAUGUAAUGUAUAUGUAUGAACAUUCACAGGAUUAAUGUGAAUAAUCGUAAACAAGUUUUAAUUAUUUAUUAAUAAUUAUGGCGCAAACCAUGCCUGGGGAUGAUUCAUGGAAGACGCAGAGCUUUCGACAGAGCCUAAUCGCGAAAAUGAUGUCUCUGAAUGAUGAAGCUAUACAGAUGUCAGGAAUGCCUACACCGAAAAAUAGCAUUGAAAUAGAAAAUCAUCUCUAUCAGAAGGCAAAAUCUAAGGAGGAAUACUUGGGCUUUGUUGCCAGAGUAAUUGGUCAUGUCAGAGAAAUGAGUAAUACUUCUUAAAUUAUACUAAUUUUAAAUUUAUGGUAAUAUUCAAGAUUUAUUAUAAGAGUAAUGAAACUAUUUUUAAUAUAGUUG